CUUCUGUAGACUUGAGCUAACUGAGGUUUGUUGUUUCCACAACAGUUAAAACAGCAGAAGGAAAAUGGAGAUUUCUCCGGUUUAACUGAGAAAUAAUGCGGUUGCUCUCUCUUGCACGAAGGCUCUAUAAUGCUCGCCCUCUCGCUUCUAAGCAUAUAAUUGGCUCUAUAGCUCCUCAGCCUCCUUGUUUGUUUGCUUCAAAACCGAAACUAAAGCGCCAUUUCUUUGGGACAUUUCGUCAACCAUUUGGCAGAACUUGUCAUAUUACACCAUCCAAGCCCGCUUUCUUCAGCUCCGGCAAUUUAACUUGCUACGAAAUCAUCAAUUUCGGUAAGCAUGUGGACACUUUGCGCGAAAAAUCUCAACUUGAUGUUAGCCAAUUUGUUGGGAUUAUACAAAAGGCCAAUGAUUUUGAUUCUGGUGAUGAAGCCAUGUUGUUUCUUGAUGAAUGCUGUGUUAAACCAAACAAAGACUUGGUCUUUUUGGUGAUUUGGGAGUUGAGAAACCAGUGGAAGUUGGCCUAUUUGCUAUUCAAAUGGGGUGAGAAAUGCAAAUGCCUCGAGGAAAACACGUGGUGUUUGAUGAUAUGGAUUCUGGGCAACCAUGGUAAGUUCAGUACUGCCUGGUCUUUGAUUCGAGAUCUUCUUCAGAUGUCAAUAAAUAUUCAAGAGGCGGUCCUCCUCAUGAUUGAUAGAUAUGCUGCUGCCAAUAAUGCUGGCAAAGCUAUACAGACAUUCCAGAUAAUGGAGAAGUUCAGUAUGUCUCCUGAUCAGAGAAUAUUCCUGACAUUCUUGAAUACUCUCUGUAAGCAUGGGUUUAUUGAAGAAGCUGAAGAAUUCAUGUUUAUUAAUAAAAAGCUAUUCCCCUUGGAAAUUGAUGGUUUUAAUAUUAUCCUUAAUGGAUGGUGCAAUAUUAUGGUUGAUAAAUUUGAAGCCAAAAGGAUAUGGCGAGAAAUGUCCAAGUGUUGUAUUGAACCAAAUGGUACUUCGUAUACCCACAUGAUUUCCUGCUUCUCCACGGUUAGAAAUUUGUUCGAUUCACUUAGACUUUAUGAUGAAAUGCAGAAACGCGGCUGGGUUCCUGGCCUGGAGGUGUAUAAUGCUUUGAUUUAUGUACUGACUUGUGAGAAUUGUGUGAAGGAAGCUCUUAAAAUUCUUGAUAAAGUGAAACAUAUGGGUCUGCGUCCUGAUUCUAGUACAUACAACUUGAUGAUACGUCCUCUGUGUGAAUCAUCUAAGUUGGCUGAGGCGAGAAGUAUAUUAGCUCUGAUGGAGAAAGACAAUAUCAGUCCAACUAUUGAAACAUAUCAUUCAUUUCUUGCAGGUGCAAGUCUAGAAGGAACUAUUGAAGUUCUUAACUCUAUGAAACGGGCUGAAGUUGGUCCAAACAGGGACACCUUUCUCUUAAUUCUUGAUAGUUUUUUGAAGUUGAAGCAGCCGGAAAAUGCAUUGAAGAUAUGGGCAGAGAUGAAGCAGUAUGAGGUAGUGCCCCAGUCUGCACAUUAUUCUCUUUUGGUGGGAGGACUUGUGGAGUGCAGGUUAUUCUCCCAGGCGAGAGAGUUAUAUUCAGAGAUGAAAUCCGGUGGAAUUCUUGAUGACCCAGGUCUCCUGAAGUUCUUACAGCUACCAACUGGUCCAAGAGGCCAACGACAUGUGAGAGAUCCUAAACAUACUAAAAAGGGGAAACCGACAAAGCAUCCGACGCACAGGGUGAUCAGAAGUGAAAAAGGUAGAAGGUAACUAAAUGAUGCUUGAAAGACUCUAGCUCAUCCACGCCUGAUGGGUGCCUUUAGAAGCUACCCAUAAAUCUUUGACCGUGCAAGCUAUGUAGAUUUGUUUUGCUGGGACCGGGUUAGCAUCGGUCUUGGUUGCUUCUAAAGAUAAUUGCCCGGAGUCCAAUUCAUGCUAGAGUAUUCUCUAGAUUCUUGAUAUGGCUGCCCGAGUGGCCUAGUAGGGAUGUGUUUGGGACGACAUGGAUAACUAAAUUCAUGCUAUAUAUGGUUUGCCAUAAGAACGUGUUCCAAGAACAUUUCAGCAUUGCCAAAUCUGUUACAUUGUCAA